UUGGGGAGGAGGUGGAACAGUGUAAUGCUUUCCUCUCUAGAAUUGCAGUGACUACAAAGCAUAUGUCAAAAGCAGGUGAAAUAACCACACAUUGCACUAGCUAUAUUAUUACCCAAGUAAGUGAAUUAGAUAACAUUAUAUAAUUUGUGUUUACAUGUCGUACUGACAUGCUCACUCUGAUGGCUAUGCACUGGAAUCGGCAAAAGUUUAAGAAUUUGGCCACCUCACUGACUUGCCGAUAUCAGAAGGCCACAAAAGCCCUUCAAAGCCAGCUGGAAAACCUGGAGUCGAUGAAAGCUCAACUGGCAGUAACAUCGAGCCAAUUAGAAGACUGGGUCAAUGAUGUACAGGAUUGGUCAAAUGCAGCAACCACAACAAGUGAUGUUGAUGCCUUGGCCAGCAGAAUUGAGGUGUUGGUGGCAAGUAUCAAAAGGCGUUCCCAGCGUCUCUAUAAAGAAACCGAUGGCAGCAAGGGUCGUGCCAGGUUCCGGCGCAAGAUAAGGGAGGAGAAGGGGACUCUGGCUUCUUUUGUGGAGAAAUACAACCAAAUGGUUCCAAGCACUGAAACUCUAUGCUUGGAAACCAUUCUCUCUGGUGAGACAGCUUGGCCAUGGCAGCUACCACACACGGUCAUUCUCCUAAAUGUAUUCCAGACUCUGUCAGUCUGCAGACAAAGAGAAAGGCAUUUGACGUCAUCAUGUCACUAAAGAGACUUGAGGAAGAGAAGAAGAUUCUUGUGGCAGAAAUGAGCCACCAUUGGAAAUUUCUUUCAGCUCGUGCCAAUGCCCUUAAAGAGCUGUCCUGUCUUAUUUCUAGUGACACAUUGGAAGGUAUGUGUAACAUAUUGUGUUAUAUUAUAGCUAAAUUCAUUUCUUGGUGUUGUUUAUUUUCUGUUUAAUAUACUAUAUGGAAAAUGGUAUUGGACACCCCUUUAAACAGGUUUGACUACUUGAGUCAUUUUCUUUA